AGUCACACCUCAGGGUGCACAGAGAUGGGGGUCCAGCUGCCUGGUGACACCCCAGCCCUGUCCCUGCAGGUCUGUCCCGGGCAGGCACCUCUCCAGCCCCCAUCACUGCUGCAGCACCAGGGCAGCUCCGUGGGGCAGGCGCUCGUGUGCACAGGUGCCAGGUCCUGCUGCUGGGUAAACCACACCGCUGUGUGAGGCUGCCUUCCUGGAGAGCCCCUUCCCUCUGCACCCCACAUCCUGCCAGCUGUCCUGGUGCCAUGGUCAGUGGGCACAGCCUUGUGCACACGUAUGUUGGAUUUGUGUGUUCCCUUGCUGCCCAGGCCACAUCACUAUGCAGAGAGAGGUUUUCUCAUUCCCCACUGGCCCCAAAGGGAGCCCCUUCCUGCCCAGCUGCAUCGCUCUCCUUGCUGCACUCCAGAUUCACCAUCCGAUGGCAGCCCAGUUCAGAGUGAUUGGACCAGGCCAGCCAGUUGUUGUCACCAUGGGAGAGGAUGCUGUCCUCCCCUGCCACCUGUUGCCCCCCAUGAGCGCUGAGAGCAUGGAGGUGCGGUGGCUCCGGCCUGGGUUCUCUUACUACGUGCACUUGUACCGAGGUGGACAGGAUCAGGAUGGGCAGCAGAUGCCUGCAUAUCGGGGCAGGACUCAACUUGUGAAGGACGACCUCAGCGAUGGGAGCGUCUCUCUGAGAAUACGCAGCGUCCGACGCUCUGACCAUGGGCUGUACACCUGCUUCGUCCAGUCCAAUGACUCCUCAGGUGACGCUCUGUUGGAGCUGCAGGUGACAGAUGCCAUGGUGCAGCGUGUUGCUCAGAUUGACAAUGGUGUCACAGACUAUGUGUAUAACGAAGGGAAGUUCUUCCAGUUAGCCAGUAGCUUUCUCUAG